CUCCCACCUUUCUUUACUCUCGACCCUACACUCUUUUGUUUCAUUUUAGCACUGCAAAUUAGAACCGCGACGAAUCGAGAAUAUGGCGCCCAAGGAGAAAGUUGCCGGCGUUAAGCCUAGCGCCAACGCCAAGGAGGUGCAUUUCAGGGGCGUUAGGAAGAGACCGUGGGGGAGAUACGCCGCCGAGAUCAGGGAUCCAGGGAAGAAGAGCCGUGUAUGGCUUGGAACUUUUGAUACGGCGGAGGAAGCCGCCAAGGCGUACGACUCCGCCGCCCGGGAGUUUCGCGGCGCCAAGGCGAAGACCAACUUUCCUUUGGUUUCUGAGAAUCUGAACAACAAUAAUCAGAGUCCGAGCCAGAGCAGCACCGUGGAGUCUUCCAGCCGGGAGGGAUUUUCGCCGGCUCUAAUGGUUGAUUCCUCUCCAUUGGAUCUUAAUCUGCUGCACGGAGGUGGCGUCGGCGUUGGCGUUGGCGUCGGCGUUGGUGCUGCUGCUGGAUAUGCCACCGCCUUGAGAUUUCCGUUUCAGCAUCAUCAGUUUCAAGUUUCCUCCCCUUCGCCGGCUGCCGGAAUUGUUCCGACCGGAGGCUUGCCGGCGGCGAAUCACCUUUUCUACUUUGACGCGAUGUUACGGACUGGGAGAGUGAAUCAAGAUUUUCAGAGACUGAGGUUCGACCGUGCGGCGUCUGAUUUCCGCGCCGCGCUUACCGGUGGGGUCCAGAGCGAUUCCGACUCAUCAUCUGUGGUUGAUUUGAACCACAACGAUCUCAAGCCUCGCGCACGCGUUCUCAUCGAUCUCGAUCUGAACCGCCCUCCCCCGCCUGAAAUCGCCUGAAUACCUCUCUGAUCUUUGCGUCCUCACUGGAUAACGUUUCAAUUCGUUUUUUUUUUCCCUUGAAAAAUUUUCUCUUUCCUUAUCUAUUCUACCAUAGGAAGAAAAUAGGCAAAAAGAAAAAAACAAAAUUUAGGAAGAAAAGUGGUUGCGAUGGCUUGAGAGUCCCAUCUCCAUGUGUAUAGCUGAUCUCUUUUUUGCAACAGAGAAAUCAAGCGUUUCUCACAGUUGUUGGUAACAAGUAACUGCUGUUUCAGAUGUACUCUGUUUUUGUUCAAGGAGCAAUUGACGAUUUCUUGAAUCUCGUUUCAAA